AGAUAUUUUUUCCCUUUUUAAUUUUUCCAUGUGAUUUCAUCCUCAGAAUAAAUCUUUACAAAUUUUGGGUAUCAAUGACCACCACCAACUGCUUCUGUUUCAGCAUAUUGCUCUUCCCCUUCAAACUGCUUUUCUCAUCUUUUUUGCUUCAGAGUUGGGAUGUUUAGGGGAGUAGUUUGAUACAGUGAUGAAUCUCCAUAGAAAUUUGAGCAAAGCUAUAUCUUGUGCUGUAAAGUUUCAUGAUGGAGUUGAAUGCAAGUUAUGACAUUGAGCAAUCAUGUUCAACGAAAAAAAUAGAGCAUGAGCUGUGGCCACUAGAUCCAAUUGAUCCAAAGAACGCAAAGUUUCCAUGUUGUUUGGUUUGGAAUCCACUUCCAGUUGUAUCAUGGUUGGCACCCUUCAUUGGCCAUGUUGGCAUUUGCAGAGAGGAUGGAGCUGUUUUAGAUUUUUCAGGAUCAUAUUUUGUGAAUGUGGAUGAUUUUGCAUUUGGUUCUGUCGCAAGAUACUUGAAGCUCGAUCGGAGACAGUGUUGCUUCCCCCCUAACCUAUCUGCACAUACAUGCAAGCAUGGCUACCGGCAUUCUGAGUAUGGGACCGCACUCACAUGGGACGACGCCUUACGGUCAAGUUUGCGGCAUUUCGAGAGUAAAACUUACAACCUUUUCACAUGCAACUGCCACUCAUUUGUUGCUAAUUGUCUGAAUAGGUUAUGUUAUGGUGGAUCAAUGAGUUGGAAUAUGGUAAAUGUAGGAGUCUUGAUACUAUUCAAGGGUCACUGGGUUGACUUCUGGUCUAUUGUAAGGUCUUUCCUCCCUUUUGUUGUGGUUGUUUGCAUAGGUAUUUUCAUGGUUGGGUGGCCCUUCUUAUUAGGGUUACUAUCCUUCUCUCUACUCUUAAUUGGGUGGUUUCUAUUGGGUACUUAUCUAGUCACAAACCUAUUAGAGUGCUAGAUGUACUCUUCAAUUGAAGGAUGGUCAUGAAUUUUGUUUGUCUAAACCAAAUAAUGAUAGAUUCAAAUAUCAAUAUUAUAUUGUUAUUGGAACAAGAAAUAAGUGCAUUUAUGUCAAUAUUUUGUUUUGCUGUGUUGCUGAAACUGUUCUCACUUUUCAAACCCCAAAUACUUAAGAAGCUGUUUUAAGUUGUACAUUUUCUUUUUUGUAUAAAUUGUUAUGCGCAGGCAAUUGUAGUAACUAUUUCCUCAAGUCGAGUAGAACCAUGUGAGCAGCAAAGUUCUCCCUCAAGAAUUGAAUUUCUAUUGUAUUCCUGGAAACUCGAGACUAUUGGUUAAGUUGAAAGAUAUCCAAAUUAUCUCAUUCAAGCACUCUUGAAUUAAGUUGCAAA